CUGUCAGCUGGGCGCCGAGGAAGCAGCAUCAUGGCGGCGUCCGCUCGCAGCGUGCAGUGUGCCUUACGGAGAGCGAUGGUCCCGUCGCUGGUGGUGAUUUUGGGAGCUACCGGCACCGGAAAGUCCAAGCUGGCGAUCGAGAUCGGGAAACGGCUUCAGGGAGAAAUAAUCAGCGCCGACUCCAUGCAGGUUUACCAUGGCCUGGACAUCAUUACCAAUAAGGUGACGGCUGAGGAGUGCGCCCAGUGCAGACAUCACAUGAUCAGCUGCGUGGAUCCGUUAGUUAUCAGCUACACGGUGGUGGACUUCAGGAACAAAGCCCUGGCUCUAAUAUCCUUUCCUCGUGUGUGUGUGCGCGUAGGACCGGGAGACAACGUGCCGGCGGUGUAUGGCCUGGACGCAACGGACGUGUCAAGGUGGGAGGAGAUGGUGCUGAACCCUGCACUGCAGAUACUGGACAGUCUGAGCAAGGGUGAGGAGCCAGCUAUUGCACCAAUCAGAGUACAGAGCACGGAGCAGAGAAACAAACGGAGCCGCCACUCAUGUGAUCUGUGUGACAAAGUGAUCAUCGGGGACCUGGAGUGGAAAGCUCACCUGAAGUCCAAAAAGCAUCACUAUCACGUGAGGAAGAAGCAGAAGUCUGAUCCAGCCUGUGACCAAUCCCAGGUAACCACUGCACCUCCUGCCUCUGAGGCAGAGAUAGAGGAGAACCUCUCAAAGGACUCUUGUGCUGCCGUUGCCCCGGGCUGCAGUGAAACCUCUCUGGAGUCAUCCCAAGACACCAGGACAACACACAAGAAAGUACCUGUGACAUUUUAAGAGGCACGCAGACUCUGGACUACAUAAAUCUUCAUUCAGAUGUCCACCACUGUUCUGCACUAACAGCUGAAUGUCUCCUUACAGUCCUUAUAGGGCUACUUUCUUCCUUCCCAUAGAGUCAAACUGAACUAUAUUUUCUCCUUGAUCCUGCUGUUCAGUCGUCUUAUUUGUUGUUUGUUGGAGUACUCGCUUUUGAAUGGAAUGACCUUCUCAGCCCUGUAGAUAGAUGAUUUAUUAACAACGAUCCUUGCCAAAUGUGGAUAACAAAGGACAGGCAAAAUAUUUUUUUAUUCUCAUUCACAGUUGUUAAUGUGCUCCGAGUAUGUAUCCUUGAAGAGGCUCAUUUUUGUAGUAAUUUUAUAGUCAUUGUCAUGAAGCGUGCAGCCAAAAAACAAUAAUUUAUAAGGCUUUUUUUUACGCUGCCUGAAAUUAAACUAUGAGAAAGGUUAUUUUAGAAUAUGCCUUAAAUUAAGUCUUUCAUACUGUUAGCAUUUCAGGAUUUAACUUUAUUUGCCUCUUCUUUAGCUUAACCAGAAUGCACUUUUAACUUCAUCCAGCUCGUUUUGAAAAUGUUCAAUAAACCAAAGGAUCUUAAAGUUUCUCAACUAAUAGAGGAUGAUGUGUUUUGUGUCACUGAAGUGAAAAAGCAAAAAAAAAUUGCAUUUGAGAGGUUUUCACAUGACAUCAUUAGCGCUAGUUUUACCUUUAUCUAACUGAUCUCGCUGGCAUGCUUACACAGCACAGAGUAUUGUGCAUUGUUUGCCUGCUGCCACCUUGUUUUACUGUCAUUAAAUACGUUUUUCCCAGCU